CGGGGCCACAACCGUAAAGCAGCCCGCGAGACCACGUGGCCUCCCAGCGGCUCAGGGCGCCCUUGAAAGUUCUUGGAUCUGGGAGCUAUGGCAGGUCCUUUGCAGGGCGGUAGGUCCCGGGCCCUAGACCUACUCCGGGACCUGCCGCGUGUGAGCCUGGCCAACUUAAAGCCGAAUCCCGGCUCCAGGAAACCGGAGAGGCGACCAAGAGGUCGGAGAAGAGGUAGAAAAUGUGGCAGAGGCCACAAAGGAGAAAGGCAAAGAGGAACCCGGCCUCGUCUGGGCUUUGAAGGAGGCCAGACUCCAUUUUACAUCCGAAUCCCAAAAUACGGGUUUAACGAAGGACAUAGCUUCAGACGCCAGUAUAAGCCUUUGAGUCUCAAUAGACUGCAGUAUCUUAUUGAUUUGGGUCGUGUUGAUCCUACUCAACCUAUUGACUUAACCCAGCUUGUCAAUGGGAGAGGUGUGACCAUCCAGCCACUUAAAAGAGAUUAUGGUGUCCAGCUGGUCGAGGAGGGUGCAGACACCUUUACAGCGAAAGUUAAUAUUGAAGUACAGUUGGCUUCAGAACUAGCUAUUGCUGCAAUUGAAAAAAAUGGUGGUGUCGUUACUACAGCCUUCUAUGAUCCAAGAAGUCUGGAUAUUGUAUGCAAACCAGUUCCAUUCUUUCUUCGUGGACAACCCAUUCCAAAAAGAAUGCUUCCACCAGAAGAACUGGUACCAUAUUACACCGAUGCAAAGAAUCGUGGAUACCUGGCAGAUCCUGCCAAAGUUCCUGAAGCGCGACUUGAACUUGCCAGGAAGUACGGUUACAUCUUACCCGAUAUCACUAAAGAUGAACUCUUCAAAAUGCUCUGUACUAGGAAGGAUCCAAGGCAGAUUUUCUUUGGUCUUGCUCCAGGAUGGGUGGUGAAUAUGGCCGAUAAGAAAAUCCUAAAACCUGUAGAUGAAAAUCUCCUUAAGUAUUAUAGCUCAUGAAUCCCCAUCCAAGAAAGCAAAGUUGUUAAAGAGGACUGGAAUAGGGACCAAAAAAUGUGUAUUCGUCAUUGCAUUUUCCUUAUGAAUAACUUUCCAGAUGAUGAUGUUACUUUUCUGUGUACUCGUCUCUCUCAUUUUCAUCUAAAAUUAAAACAGCAGGAAACAAGGACUGCAUGGAGAAA